GUAUGUUAUGUGUUACUGUGGUUUUAAAAAUGGAGUAUAUUUACAGAAAGUAAAUAAAUUCUGAUAUGUUGUUGAAACAUAGGCUAUUCUGGUUAAAUAUAAGAUUGUAUCAUUCUCCAGAUUAACUUGUCUGGUUUGUUAAUCGAAAAUUGGUAAACAAACGUUUUUAUAUCGGAUGGUAAAGAUACACAAGAAGAGUUGUGAGUAGAAUGCAUUCAUGGCGAAAAUUUGGACAGAGUACUUAUAAUAUAUGAGAGCUCAUUGAGCUGAAAGAAUAUUGUGAAAAUGAGUCAUUUAUCUCCAUUCCGGUUAAAUCCGAAUCUCGGUGCUGAUUUGGGGGGUACAGCACCUAAUCCCAAGAAGAGAAGAAAAAACUCCCAAGUGCCCAUACAAUCUAGUCCAAAUGUACAAGAUCUCUUGCCACCGCCAUUAACUGGAUAUGGCGAUACUAUUGUUGCUUCAAAUCCAUUUGAUGAUUGCCCAAGCAAUGUUAAUUCCAUGGGUUCCGUGAGGAAUAAUCCUAACAUGGGUAUGCCCGGAAAUAUGUCUAUGGGUGUAAAUGCAAUGGGAAUGUGUAGGCCAAUGGGUCCUGGUAUGGGCAUGAAUUCUCCAAUGAUGCAUAGUCCAAACGCUCAUCAUGGUAUGAUGAAUAAUCAAGUAAUGAUGAAUAACCCUAGAAUGAACGGCCCUAUGGGUAACCACAUGGGACCUCAUAUGAUGCAUAGUCCCAAUGGCCCCAUGCAUGGAAUAUCUGGACCUAUGCAUAGUCCCAUUGGAAAUAUGAAUUCUGGAAUUCAAGGCCCUCAUAUGCCUGGAAACGGAAAUUCAAUGAGUGGUCCAGGUCCUAUUAACAAUGGACCUAUGAGUGGUCCUAUGAAUGGCCCGAUGAAUGGCAUGAAUACCAAUAUGGGAGGAGGUAUGCCAAUGAAUUCCCCGAAUGCACCAAUGGGUCCUUCAAUGAAUAAUAAUUUUAUGAUGAAUAAUAUGUAUUCAAAACCGAUGCCAGUGAGUGCUGGAAAGGUAUAUCCAGCAGAUCAACCAAUGGUUUUCAAUGCACAAAACCCCAAUGCUCCCCCAAUUUAUCCUUGUGGAGUCUGCCAUAAAGAAGUCCAUGACAAUGACCAAGCUAUACUUUGUGAAAGUGGCUGCAACUUCUGGUUCCACAGGGGAUGUACUGGACUAACGGAAACAGCUUAUUCUCUCCUGACUGCAGAAGUAUAUGCAGAAUGGGUCUGCGACAAAUGUCUGUCAUCGAAAACGAUCCCAUUGGUUAAAUUCAAACCAUAAACAAUAAAAUGAGCGGAUAAGUUGUACCCAAAGAUGGUAUUCAGAAGACUGACAGUGAUUUACAUCACAGCCACUGUUUCUUCAUAGUUGAAUCUCAGGUGGUCAUGUGUUUCCAAGCUUCGAUUGAUCUUCAUUCCAGAUUUUGGAUGUAUAAAUGACAUUAGAUAUAAAUAAUAACUGUAAAUUAAAUUAAAAAAACAAGAAUAAUUUUGGAAUUGUUGAUAUUGCCCUUAGAAAAUGUUAUCAGUUGAUUAAUGCAGAAUUGAACAUUCAAAGGACACAUGCAGUUUUGUGAGAAAGUAUUCCAUAGGUAAUAUUAUGGACCAACCAAAAAUUCAAUCCUUAAUUGGUAAAGUUGUUGAAUUAUAGUAGUUUUUUUUAUAUAAGUUUUCAGCAGGUCGACGCUAUAUUGAAGUUCUUUCAUUCCCAGAUUUGGGAUAUCGCUUAGUUAACAAGAUAUACUGAAAUGAAGAGCUGUGAAGCCUCUUUGUAAAGUUCUACAAAAAUGGCUAAGAAGUUGUGUUUUGUUGAAAUAUUGAAUUUCUCUCACAUGUAUUUUUAAGAUUAUCUUGUUAUACCAUUACUCUUGUAUAUAUAUAUAAAGAAAACUGUAUUUGGGAAUUAUAUACCGAUUUGUAAAUAAUAAUAAUAUGACUAUAAACAAUUUGAAAUAAGGUCAUGUAAUGAACUCUUUUAUGCUAAUUAAAUUAUAUAAGAUAUU